AUGAGACUCAGCUUGGAUGAGCAAAAGGAUGUUAUGAAGGAGUUUACCGACCCUGUGGAGUUUAUAAGGGGAUAUAUAGAUGUUUAUGAGAAGCAGAGGAGUGUCCCUGUAAAGGUAUAUUUGGAAGACAUUUCGUACUAUGAAAGGUUUGAGCCGAUGUUUCUUGAUCUGGUCCUUGGAAAGGCUCUUUCUGAAGGGCCGGAUCUGAAUUUUCCGGAGGUUGAAGAGUUGCUGCAAACCUUCUGCAACAAAGAAUUUUAUGAUGAGAGAUUCUAUCUUGAGUCCACUCUGGUUCUUAUCAAGGGAAUAGCCGUACUGAUAGACAGGGUAGAUCAGGAAGUACAGAGAAGAAAGUUUGAUAAUGUGCAGUAUUUGUAUUAUUACACAACAGAGCCCAUUGAUCUAACAAGAGUCCUUGUUGAUCCUUACACCAGGUACAUUCAGGAUCCACCAACUCUUGUCAGCAAGAUGGCGGAGCUCCGAGAGAUUGUAGAGUUUGUGAACAAGCAGUUGGAGGGAGUGGGGAACUCAUUUCUAGUGAACGACAAGAGAUUGAAGGAAAGGAUGAAUCUCUCUGACGGGAUUCUUGGACAGAAAAGGAUAGAGAAGUACAAGAUAGAGGAUGUUUAUGGAAGUAUAUUUGACCUCCUCAUGGUAAGAGCCACAGGAAUGGAUGUGGAGUCUGGAUAUAUCUAUAUUAUGGGGUUCUGUAGCGAGUUUCUUAUGUCUGAGGUCGGGGAUGAGAAGGCCAUCCUUUGUCUAAAGGAAUAUGCAGGCGGGUUGCUGAAUAAGAAAGAAGAGUGA